AUGAGCAUAGAUAAUCGAUCCAUUCUGCGCACUCGGAAGAGAAAUAAGUGCAUUAACCUUAUUCCAUAUGAAAGGUUCACUCACACCCGCCGACCGGACAAUCCGUCACCCACUACCACUACCACUAACUACCACUACCACCCUGUACUGUACCACUUUCUCUUCCUCCGCCCACCCACUCACCACCACCACCCCCAGUCUGAGUCUAUCACGACUUCUGGACCCCCUUCUAUUCUAUCCAUUACCUGCACCUCGUUCCCUUCUUCCUAUCAAUCCCAAAACCCUCCCAUGUACCAGAAUAUCCUUGUCUGGACUAUGUCAUGA